ACCACCAAGACUGGUUUGAUGAGAAUGAUGCUGGUAUUCAGAAAUUGCUAGAGGAAAAGCGUCAGCUCUACAAAGCCCAUCAGGAUGACCCAAACUCUGCCUCAAAGAAAUAUGCAUACGAUGACAAGCGCAGAGAAAGCUUCGUACCAUGCAAGAUUCAUGGCUCAACAAUAAAGCUGAAAAAAUCCAAAACUAUGACGAUACACACAAUAUAAAGCGUUUCUAUGACUCGCUGAAAUGCAUAUAUGGGCCAUCAACAUCAGGCAACUCACUCAUGCUCAGCGCUGACGCUUCAACGCUUAUUGAACGCCUCCCCCAAAUAGUUGUCAAUGAAGCUCUUGCCAUCCCCCCCUUGGAAAAUGACGUUGCCAAAGCAACGAAGCAAAUGUCAUCAGGCAAAGCCCCAUGCCCUGAUGCAAUUCCAGCAGAGAUGUUCACGUCGGGUGGUCCUUCUCUCAUUGCAAAGCUGACAGAGCUGUUUCAAUCAGUAUGGGUAAGUGAAACCCUUCCUCAAGAGUUCAAAAAUGCUACAAUCGUUCACAUCUACAACAGAAAAGGCAAUAAGAGGUCCUGCGACAAUUACAGGGACAUUUUCCUUCUUGCAAUCGCUGGCAACAUCCUGGCCCGUGUCCUCCUAAACCGUCUCCUGAGACACCUUGAGCAGGGUCACCUUCCCAAUAGUCAAUGUGGAUUCUGCAAAGAUUGAGGAACCAUUGACAUGGGUUUUGCUGCCCGGCAGCUACAGGAAAAGAGUGUGGAGCAAUACCAGGAUCUCUACAUGACCUUUGUGGAUCUAACAAAAGCUUUUGACUUGGUUUGCAGAGAGGGCUUGUGGAAGAUCAUGUCAAAGUUUGGUUGCCCGGACAAGUUUGUGAGGAUUGUGAAGCAGUUUCAGGAUGAUGAUGGUGGUGUCUCUGUCCCGAUUCCAGUGACAAAUGGCGUGAAGCAGGGCUGCGUCCUUGCCCCAUCACUCUUUAGCAUGAUGGAUGCUUUCAGGGAAACCACCCCUGGCAUUCAAAUGCAGUACAGGUGUGAUGGGAAGCUCUUCAAUUUACGACGCCUCCAAGCUGUCACUAAAGUCAGCGAAACUAUGAGUAGAGAUCUCCUCUUUGCCGAUAACUGCGCACUCAACGCCUCCAAAGAACAGGAUAUGCAACAGGUCAGGGACAAUUUCUCAUCUGCCUUUGACAACUUUGGCCUCACCAUAAGCAUGAAGAAGGUGGAAGUGCUGUACCAGCCUACGCCAGGAAAUUUGUAUCAAGAACCAAACAUCACAGUGAAGGGUCAGAGGCUUCAAGCCAUGGAGCACUUCACCUAUCUCGGUAGCACACUAUGUCGCUCUGCAAACAUUGAUGCUGAUAUCAACAACCGCAUUGCUAAGGCCAGUAGUGCAUUUGGGAGGUUGAGGAAAACUGUAUGGGAGUGAAGAGGUAUCUUACAGGACACAAAAAUUUAAAGUCUACAAGGCAGUUGUAUUAUCUACUCUACUGUAUGGUUGUGAGACUUGGACUAUCUACAGACAGCAUGAAAAACAACUACAACAUUUCCAUCUCCGGAGCCUUCACAGCAUCCUCAACAUCUGCUGUUUUCAUGACGCAAUUUUUGAGUCAUGGCUUUUUUUCACAAGAUAAUAUUGUGAUGAAUAGGCUAGUCCCUUAUGGCUAUAAGAUCAAGCAUCAGUCCCGUGAAAACAGAAGAGAGGGUGGAGUGGCCAUUUUAUACAAAAGCACUGUAAGUGUUGACAUAAAAAGUCAAGAUUUUACUCAGUCAAUGGAGUAUAUUGAUGUUUGUGUGUCAUUUGAAAACACUCCUUGUGAGUUGAUUGUAAUUAAUCGUCCUGGUACAAAUCCAAAUAAUGGUCAGUUUGCCCCAGUCUCAGUUUUCUAUGAUGAUCUCACAAGCAUAUUGGAUAGUCAAUGUUUCAACUUACGAUGUAGUAAUUGCCGGGGAUUUCAAUUUCAACUUAAAUGAUUGUAAUAAUGCUGAAGAGUCACAAUUCAAGGUUAUAUUGUUUGCAUACGAUCUAAAACAGCAUGUUCGUGACUCUACACAUGAAAAUGGACAUAUAUUGGAUUUGAUUAUCACAGGAUCAUCGUCCAAUUGGGUAAGAAAUGUAAAGGUAGAACACAAAAUUUCCAAUCAUUUUGGGAUAAAAUGCCAUCUAUUCUU